CUUCCUCCCUGGCGUCAUCGUAAUAACUAAUGCCCAAGCCGGACCUGACAGAUUUACCGUUUCUCCCCGCCGCGCAUGUCAAUCCACAAUGACGGCAUCUCUCGAUCGGCUCUCCUCUCAGGAGGCUGCGAGAGUACAGGAUUACUUGAACGACAAAAUACAAUCUUUGGCCGAUCUCGAGGGUCUCGACUCGCUGCUGUCGAAUCUCCGCGCCCAGCAUGAAUUGCAGCGCAAGCAGCUGGCGGAAGCGCAGCAGGCACUCGAAAAGGCUACCACUGCCUCGAAGAAUCAUCGUGAUGCCGUCCGAACACAGGCCGAAGCCUUCAAUCGCCAGCAGGAAGACAUCGACCAACGAUUGAAAAUAAUUACUCAAUCAGAAACGAGUGAUGAAGCAGUGCGGCUUUUUCAGCUGAGCAUGAACAAGUUGCAGCGCCUUGAUGUAGCGAAGGGUUACCUAUCUUUAUUACACGAAGCUGAGGGGUUGAGCGACCAUGUUUCCAAGAGUAUACAAUCCGCUCCCCAUCAAGCUUUGCCCUCAUACAAACGUCUACGUGCUAUAUUAUCUUCGCUGAAUGAUGCCCAAGUUGCCGCAGAGGGUGCUGCUCCUCAUCUUGUUGAUCACAUCGAAAAGCUCACCACCUCUGUGAAGAAGCAAAUACAGGAAAAUUUCAAUAACCGAUUGCAAAAGACACUUGAAAAGCUAAGAUGGCCUGGAAAAGACCUCGUACUCAAUAACGGGUUCCUUCGAGAAUGGGAAGCUAGCGUCGACCUUUUGUUGGAUUUCCAAGAGCCCGACUUGUGUGUCUCGGACCCUUCUGCGAUUGAGCAUGGAGAAGAGGCACAAGUCCUGCUUCCGUUAGAAGUUAUGGUACACCCGCUACAGCUUCGCUUCAAAUAUCACUUCAGCGGGACAAAGCCGACUAAUAGGCUAGAUAAACCUGAAUACUUUCUUUCCCACGUAUCCGACCUGAUCAGCGCUCAUGCAGGCUUCUUUGCAACAUACUUGCAGCCUAUCUUGGCCAGACGAGCCGGCUCUGCUGCUGAUGGACUGAAAUGGAACUUUUCAAGCGCAACAAACGCUUUUAUCACGGCCUUACUCCCGAUGAUCAGGCAGAAAAUAAGCGGUUUUGUUCCACAAGUGGCAACAAACCCUCAACUUCUCAGCCACUUUAUGCACGAAUUAAUGACCUUCGACACAGAUCUUCGAGAAACAUGGAACUACCUUCCCAAUUCAUAUUCUACCGAAACUUGGAAAGGACUGGCUUCUGAAGUGCUCACCCAGCAGAAUUGGUUUGAUCGAUGGCUACAGGUUGAGAAGGAGUUUGCUCUCUCUCGCUAUAAAGAUAUUAUUGAUACUCCAGAAAGUGGUCACAUCGACUACGAUGGAGUUGAAUCAAAUGCGACGAAACCCACAAACGCCGCUAUACGUGUCAAUGAUCUUCUGGAAACCAUAACUGAACGAUAUAAGCCAUUGUCGUCAUUUAGCCACAAGCUUCGCUUCUUGAUAGAAAUACAAAUUACAAUAUUUGAUCAAUUCCACGAACGUUUGCAUUCGGGCCUCGAAGCAUAUCUUGCUAUGACCUCGACUAUUGGUCGUACCGUACAGGGAGGGGACCAAGGGGGCCUUGAAGGCGUGUCGGCCCUUGAAAGACUCUGCCGUAUCUUUGGAAGUGCUGAGUACUUGGAAAAGAAAAUGCAAGACUGGAGCGACGACGUAUUUUUCCUCGACUUGUGGUAUGAACUUCAGGACCGUGUGCAAAAGAGCAAGGACGAUGGGAAGAAUGUGGUCGGGCCUAUGUCCGUUGCUGAAGUGGCCCAACGAACCUCUCAGGCAGUGGCUGAUAAUCACUUGACUCAUAGGAGCAAUAUGUCUGAAGGGGCCUUGUUUGAUGAAACCGCAUCUGCAUACCGCCGUCUCAGGAUGCGGUCAGAAAGCAUUAUCGUUUCUACAUUCUCAUCCGAGGUGCAAAACUCCCUGAAGCUCUAUUCACGUGUUUCGACAUGGUCAUCACUCUCUUCACCAUCUGCAAGCUUCCCCCAUCCACUCACCUCUGAACUAACGUCUGCCAUCCGCAUUCUAUCUUCAAACAUUUCCUUCCUUGCUCGAGCUCUAGGCACCGCGGCUUUGCGAAGAAUAACGAGACAAGUACUUCUUUCAACGCAGGGCUUUAUUUGGGAUAACGUUAUUUUACGUCAUUCAUUUUCCGCCGCCGGUGCUUCUCAGCUAGCCAGUGAUGUUCAUCAUGUAUGUGGCGUGGUCGACAGUGCUUUAAGCUCUCAAGCUGCAUCCCAGGGAGAAUCGAGACGCACUAUCAGAAAGCUUACCGAGGGUCUGACUCUCUUGAGUUUGAAAAUUAAACCACAAAAUGUCACUUCAAAGUCUGAAGAGGAGCAAACAGACAAGAAUGAAGAGUUGGGCUUGUGGGAGGUCGAAAGGCGACUGUUUGCAAACAAUGAAUCUGCCCGUCAAGUACUAAAUGAGUUGGACAUUGAAACAUUGACUGAAGCAGAGGCGAGAUCAGUAUUAGAGAAAAGAGUUGAGAUUCGCAGCUAAAUAUCCGAAGCAAUGAUCUCGGGGGGAUAUUGAUAGUACAGAGGAAUAGACGAAAUACAAAAUUGUAUGAAAGAGGCCAGGAACUUUAACUUCUUAAUGUUUUAUUUUACU